UCUCCUCGUUCCCCAUUCCCCAAUGCCCGAUACACACACGCGCACUGUUCAUAUCUAGUCUAGUUUCCUACUCACCCCCGAUUUUCUUCACCUCGAAGCAAUAACCCCCUCUGCCCCGACCCCGAUCUCCUGCUCCUCCUCCGGCCACCACCGCGUGUCCCGAUGGCAGCGAACGUGAUGUUGGCGAUCCACGAGAAGAAGGCAACGUCCGUGGACCUCUACCGCCCGCUCCGCCUCUACAUCGCCUCCGCCUACUCGGAGCGCGAGGCGGCCGCGGCCGACGACGACCUCUGCGCCGUGCGCGACCUCCGCGCCGCGGCCGUUGAGGCCGGCCCCUCCCUCCCGGACCCUUCCUCUCUCGAGCAGCGCCGGGGCGCGCUCCUGGCCUAUGCGCGCGCUCUCGCCCUUGUUGAGCCCCGCUUCCCAAUCUCCCCCGACCGGGCCCAUGUCAACUCCCUCACCUUCACCUGGCACGACGCCUUCAAGACCAACAAGAAGGCCAGCCUCCCCUCCCUCCACCUCGAGAGGGCCGCCGUGCUCUUCAACCUCGGCGCCGUCUACUCACAGAUCGCGCUCGCCGCGGACCGCGUCACCGACGUCGGGAUCAGGACCGCCUGCGGCGCUUUCCAGAGCGCAGCGGGCGCCUUCGCGUGGCUCAGGGAGAGCGGAGUCGCCGCCAAGGCCGCUGCCGCAGGGGCCACCACCGUUGAUGUGACGCCCGACUGCGCCGGGAUGCUGGAGAAGCUCAUGCUAGCUCAGGCGCAGGAGUGCUUCUUCGAGAAGGUCAUAGCUGGCGGGAAGCCGCCCUCGCUGUCUUCCAAAGUGGCGCGCCAGGUGGGCAUAUUCUAUGAGGAAGCCUAUGCAGCUCUGUGUGCACCUCCUCUUAGCCAGCACUUUGAUAAAACAUGGGUGUCUCAUGUCCAGCUGAAAGCAGCCCAAUUCUAUGCUGAUGCAUGCUAUAGGUCUUCAUUGGAUCUUCAUGAGAAAGAGGAAAUUGGUCAGGAAAUUGCACGCAUAAAGAUCGGAAUGAGUGCCCUGACUGAUGCCAAGAAGGCUGCUAAAGGAGUUGCUGCCCCACUUCUUGAUUCUGUUAAUAAGCUGGAGAAUAACAUGAAAACCAGCUUGGAGAGGGCUAUUAAGGAGAACAAUAGUGUUUAUCUGAUGCGGGUUCCAGAUGCUGGUUCUUUGGGAGCGCUACCUGCAGCAUCCCUUGUAAAAUCUACUUCUUUGGCUGAAGCUCUAGAUGCUAGCAAGGAGAGGCUUUUUUCAUCAAUUGUGCCUGAUGGCAGCAUGAAGGCACUUUCAAAGUACACAGAGAUGGUAGAUGAUAUCAUCCGGACCCAGGCCGAGAAACUGCAGCAAGCUAGUGAGCUCACUAGAGUCAGACUGAAGGAAAUGGACUUGCCUGAUUCUAUUCACUCAUUGGAAGGUCAUAUCAGCAUACCUUCAGAUCUUAGGGACGACGUUGAGGCUGUGCAGGUAAGUGGUGGCCCUGCUGGCUUGGAAGCUGAGAUGCAGCAGCUUAGGGAUUUGAGGAGGGUCAGUCAGGAAUUACUUGUUCAGACUGAAGAGAUGCUGCAGAAGGAGGCAAGUGAAGAUGCUCAAUUUCGGACCCAAUUUGGGAGUCGUUGGACUAGGCCCCAAUCAAGCACUCUAACAAAAAACAUUCAAGAUCGACUGAAUCUGUUUGCUGCUAAUCUUAAGACAGCUGGUGAUAGUGAUUCUAAGAUUGAACAUGAUGUGAAGGAGCACUAUCCCUUAAUGUCUGUUCUGGACAGAAGACCGAUAGAGUCGGCACUUCCAAGUAUUUCAAGGCCUAUUAUGUCCUUGGAUGGGAAUGAAGAUGCCAUUGUUGGAACCCUUAAACAAAGCUUGAGACAACUGGAAUCUCUGGGAAAAGAAAGGGCAGGUCUUGAAGACAUGCUUAAAGAAAUGAAGAGAAAGGAUGAUAUACUCCCUAAAUUGAUGGCUGGUGUUGGGUCACCUGAUGAUCUUUUUAAGAAGGAGAUUGCAAAGUACGACCCAAUCUGUGCUGAAAUCGCUGACAACAUUGUGGCGCAGGAGCACUUAUUGCUACAAAUACAGGAACAAAAUGAGAAAUUUUCUGGUGUAUUCAAUAUAGAAGAUUACAAAGUUGCCCGGGAGAGAUGUUAUCAGCAAAUAUCUGCGGCUGUUACUAAAUACCGAGAUAUUAAGAAGAACAUGAACGAUGGGCUAAACUUUUAUGUGAAAAUACAGGAAGCAAUUGGCAACAUAAAACAGCAGUGCGGUGAUUUCAUAAUGACCCGAAACAUCCAGUGCCGUGAAAUGAUCGAGGAUGUGCAAAGAAAGCUAGCAGGUUUCAACUUCUCAUCUUCCAGCCAGGCAACUAUGCCGAGGAGCUCUUCUGGUACACCAGAUCAGCACAGUCCAUCACCACCACCUCGUGCUCAGUCCCCCUAUGCUGCUGCACCUGUGAAUGAUUCGAGGGCAGGAUACUCCCAACCAGAGCUGAGAGCUCCGUACUCACAGCCAUACCCCAGCUAUGGCGCGCCACCACAACAACCUCCAUACAGUGCGCCAUCGCAGCAACCUCCAUACGGCGCACCACACCCUGGUCAGUACCAGCAACCGCCGCAUCAGCCACCUCCCGGCCACGACUAUGGCCAACCUGCAUACCCUGGAUGGCGGGGGCCGUACUACAAUGCGCAGCAGCCACAUCCGCAGCAACCAGGGCCCUAUCCACAACCACCGUACAAUGCCACAGGGGCUUACCCUCCUCACCACCAGAGCAAUUACUACAGGCCUCAAUGAGAAACCCAUCUAGUUACCGCAACAACUAUUGUUCGCUUCUUUUCUCCAUGAAUCAUGUGCUCGUGGAUUAAAUUCUUGUGUAUACUUGCAUACUGGUUACAACUCCAGGUGGAUGGUGUAAUAUCAAUUGUGCUUAGGUUGGUUAGGCCACUAGGCAGUAGCCUGCUUUUGCUCAUAUAAUAAUGAAAGGCUUUGCGCGGGGCACGAGUCUGUGUGCAGUAUGCUAUACUUAUUCCUUGGUAUUCAUUACUUGAUUUGUCAAAUUUUAAAUGCAGAGAUUUGAAUUUUACUA